CACGCAUCAGUUGUAUGCACUGUCUGCUCGUCUGCUGCGUCGGUUACGGCAGCGUAUGUGUACAAUUUGUUUGUGAUAAAGCUAUUUCAUUCGUAAAAAUGCCCAAAGCCAAACAGUAUAACCUCCAAACUACGAAGAAUGAGAAAGGAACAGAAAUAAUUCGAUUUAAAGGAAAGUUUACAAAAAAAUAUAAAGUUGAAAGGCAUUUACGAGCUAAGUUGAGGAACCAGCUACAAAAAGAGAAGAAUGUUUCUACCAGUAAUGACAAAGAUAUUCCUGUUGAUGGAGAGAGAGUAAUUGAUUUUAAAACCAUGGCCAAGAAAAUGUUCUGUGAAAAAUGUGUGGAUAAAUUUGGCUUGUGUGAUAUUCCCGCCACUUGCGACGAUGCCGUUGCGUUUCUGUGGAACUCUUAUUUAUUUUUUUAUUCAUAAACGAAUCAGAUGAUCGUCGCGAAACUUGGUAUACAUUAAACUAAUAACAUUAUCUGUGACAUAUAAAAAAAAUAGCGAAAUUCAUUGGGCCAAUUUUCUUAAAACUGAGUUUUUAGCAGUUUUCCCAUAAGCGACCGUGUUAAAAUGACUGAACUUUGAAAUUCAAUAUCUCGAAAACGAAACAGAUGAACCUCUUGAAAUUUUGACAGGUUUAUUGUAACAACAAUAAGAACGUCUGGUCAAAAUUUCAAAAAAAUUCAUUGGAGGGUUUUGUCUCUACCGAA